AUGUCUGUUCAUUGCAGCAUUCGUAAAGCAAAAUCGAGUGAAGUUUUGCAUGCCAUGAAAAUGGGAAUGGUGGUGAGAUCUCCAUCUUUUUUCGACUUCCUCCCCUUCAUUUUAGCUCUUCCGAUUCAAUCCUCUGGUUUGUCAACGGUUGAUUUAGAAGCUGAAGCAUUGCUGAACUGGAAAACUAGUCUGAAAAAUCACACUUUGGUUUCAUGGUUUCUUAGAACCAGCAACUCAACCAACCAUUGUAGCUGGAUUGGAAUUAAAUGCAAUGAUGGCAGAAACGUGAUUGAGAUUAACCUCUCAAAUUUCUAUUUCGAAGGGACCCUCAAUCAACUGAACUUCUUCUCCUUGCCCCAUUUGACUGGUCUAAAUCUCAGCAUGAACCAUUUAGAAGGGAAAAUCCCCAAAAGUAUUGGCUCCCUUUCGAAACUCGGUUUCUUGGAUUUGGGAGACAAUCAGUUUAUGGGGUCGGUACCUGAGGAGAUUGGCAAUCUCACUGAGCUUCGCUUCAUUUCUCUAAGUGGAAAUGAUCUUAGUGGCCCCAUCCCUUAUCAGCUGGGUAAUCUGCAAAAGAUUUCCCAGCCUUUGUUUCCCGGUGCAAAAAAUUAG